AUGGCAGCUCAGCAAAAUGGCACCAUCUCCUUUGAGGUUUCAGACUUCCUCUUAAAUUGUUUCAUCAGGUCCUCCAGCUGGCAGCUCUGGCUGCCCCUGCCCCUCAGCCUUCUCUUCUUCCUGGCCAUGGGGGCCAAUGCUACCCUUCUGAUCACCAUUCGACUGGAGACCUCCCUGCAUGAGCCCAUGUACUACUUGCUUAGCUUCCUCUCCCUGCUGGACAUUGUGCUCUGUCUCACUGUUAUUCCCAAGGUCCUGGCCAUCUUCUGGUUUGACUUCAGGUCCAUCAGCUUCUCUGCCUGCUUCCUCCAGAUGUACAUCAUGAAUUGUUUCCUGGGCAUGGAGUCCUGCACAUUCAUGGUCAUGGCCUACGACCGUUAUGUGGCCAUCUGCCACCCACUUCGGUAUGCAUCCAUUAUCACUGACCAAUUUGUGGCCAAGGCUGCCAUUUUUAUUUUGGCCAGGAAUAUCUUUAUGACUUUGCCCAUUCCCAUACUCUCAGCAAGACUCUACUACUAUGGCAGAAAUGUCAUUGAGAACUGCAUCUGUGCCAAUAUAUCUGUCUCAAGGAUCUCCUGUGAUGAUGUCACCAUCAAUCGCCUCUACCAAUUUGCUGUAGGCUGGACUCUGCUAGGAUCUGACCUCAUUCUCAUCUUCCUCUCAUACGCAUUCAUACUGCGAGCUGUGCUGAGACUCAAGGCAGAGGGUGCUGUGGCCAAGGCCCUAAGCACAUGCAGCUCCCACUUCAUCCUUAUCCUCUUCUUUAGCACCAUCCUCCUAGUCUUCGUCCUCACUCACGUGGCUAAGAAAAAGGUCUCCCCUGAUGUGCCAAUCUUGCUCAAUGUCCUCCACCACGUCGUUCCUGCAGCUCUCAACCCCAUUGUUUAUGGACUGCGAGCCCAGGAGAUUAAGCAAGGAAUCGAAAGAUUACUGAAGAAAGGUGGUAAUAAGGACAGCAGGAAUUGAAUUUCUACAUUCCUACAGGGUUGCUAGGAGUCAGAAUCGACUCGAUGGCAAUGGGCUAUAGUAUCAUGGUUUAUGAGUCAGUAAUGUAUGGGUGGAAACCUUGGUGGUGUAGUGGUUAAGUGCUAUGGCUGCUUGCCAAAAGAUCAGCUCUUUGGAAACCUUAUGGGGCAAUCCUACUCUGUCCUAUAGGGGUGGUAUGAGUCGAAAUCAACUCCACAGCAAUUUUUUAAAUUUUUUUAAUAUAUGAGUGUGCUGCAAUUCAUACUUAUUAUUUAUAAUCUCAAAUCAGAUAAACUAGGUAUUGUGACUACUUUUCUGAAACUUCAGGGUGUAUUUUUUAAAGGAUUCCAUCUUUUUUAAGGAAUCUCCUUGACCUUGUCUCCUUUAUAUCUGUGUUUGUA